ACAUCUCAUCUCUGAUCUGCUACAGUCAGAGAAACGUGGAUCUGAUCAGGGAGAUACUGAGAGAAAUACACAGAAGGAGAGAGGGAGAGGAGAUAGUAAAGAAGGGGAGUGUGGGGGAAAUAUGUCCAGAGCUGUAAAGUGUUGAGAGGGAAGGCUGCAGAGAAGUGUGGGCUGGGUUACACUGGCACUUAAAAAGACGCUCUCUUUGGUUUCUGUGCAUUUCACCAGCAGGCAGGCUGGGAGGUUGAGAGGGGGGUGAGACGCAAAGGAGUGCAUGAGACAACAGCUCGAGGGGAAAGGUGCACUCUCACUUCAUCGGAGCAAGAGUAUUUUUAGCUCUUAACUCUUCCACCGUACAGUAUUUUCUCCUCCACUCAGACUGUGGUGAGAGCUCGCCAUGGGCACCAGCGUGGACAGGUUUGUGUGCAUGGUUUUCCUGCUGCUGCCAGUCUUUGGACUCUCUGUGGCUCUGAAUGAAACCUUGCUGCCGGGGAACUACGAUGACAACAACGAAGGUGCGUUAAAGUUCCUGGAGGACUACAAUACCACUGCAGAGAAGGUGUUAUUCGACAGCGUGUCUGCCAGCUGGAACUACAACACCAACAUCACAGACUACAACUCACAGCUUCAGGUAGAAGCAUCCCUGGAGGAGCAGGCCUUCUCCUCAGCCUGGGGGUUAAAAGCCAAGCAGAGCUUCAGUGAUGAAACACUGAUUAAUCUCACUUCUAGCGACAGGAAACUGGUGGAUAAGAUUAAGAUCCUGGGAGCUGCCAACCUGGCCCCGGAAGAUAGAGAGAAGUAUAACAGAAUUCUCAGCACUAUGGACAACAUUUAUUCCACAUCUAAGGUGCAUCCACAGCCGAAUGUGAGCUGGAGCCUGGAACCUCAUCUCACAGAAAUCAUGGCUAACUCCAGGAGCUACAAGAGGCUGCUGUUUGCAUGGGAGGGCUGGCACAAUGCAUCAGGUGUCCCUCUAAAGGAAUACUACCCCAAUUUUGUGGAGUUGAGCAACAAAGCCUCACGCGCUGAUGGCUUUGACGACACUGGUGCUGACUGGCGCUCUUGGUAUGAGACUGAGACCUUUGAACAGGACAUAGAAGGACUCUACAGGACCAUUGAGCCGCUCUACCAGAACCUACACGCCUUUGUGCGCCGCCAGCUCUACAAACAGUAUGGCCCCAAGUACAUCAACCUGAAGGGACCAAUCCCUGCCCACUUGCUUGGAAACAUGUGGGCCCAGACCUGGAACAAUAUUUAUGGUAUGAUGAUCCCAUUUCCUGACAAACCAAACAUUGAUGUGACGGAUACAAUGGUCAGAAAAGGCUACAAUGCCACUCACAUGUUUUCUGUGGCCGAGGAGUUCUUCACGUCUUUGGGUUUGGAGAAGAUGCCUGAGGAGUUCUGGGACCACUCCAUGCUAGAGAAACCUGAAGGUAGAGAGGUCGUGUGCCACGCGUCUGCCUGGGACUUUUACAACCGUAAAGACUUCAGGAUUAAGCAGUGCACCACUGUGACAAUGGAGCAACUCUUCACUGUGCACCAUGAGAUGGGUCAUGUCCAGUAUUACCUGCAGUACAAGGACCAGCCGGUGGGCUACCGUCGUGGUGCAAACCCAGGUUUUCACGAGGCCAUUGGAGAUGUUUUGUCUCUCUCCGUUUCCACACCCAAACAUCUGCAUACCAUUGAACUGCUGGACAAUGUGACAAAUGACUAUGAAACGGAUACAAACUACCUGUUAAAGAUGGCUCUAGAGAAGAUUGCUUUCCUUCCCUUUGGCUAUCUCAUUGAUCAGUGGAGAUGGGGUGUGUUCAGUGGAAAAACACCUCCUCAGCGCUACAACGCUGACUGGUGGAACCUCAGGACAAAAUAUCAAGGCAUCUGCCCACCCACCAGGCGUUCAGAAGAGCACUUUGAUGCCGGGGCGAAAUACCACAUCCCUGGAAAUACACCAUACAUCAGGUAUUUUGUGAGCUUCAUCCUGCAGUUCCAGCUUCACGAAAAACUGUGUGAGGCAGCCAAUCACACUGGUCCUUUACACACAUGUGACAUCUACCGCUCUCCUGAAGCAGGGGCCAUUUUGAAGAAAAUCCUCCAAGCCGGCUCCUCCAAACCUUGGCCUGAGAUUCUCAAUGACGCUAUUGGCACCAACAAGUUGGACGCCAACUCACUGAUGAAAUACUUUGACCCCAUUAUUACAUGGCUGAAAGAGCAAAAUGUGGAUGAGACGUUAGGAUGGCCUGAAUAUAGCUGGGUACCACCCAUUCCUGAGGGCUACCCUGAGGACAUUGACAAGAAUACAGAUGAGACUGAUGCAAGGACAUUUCUGGAUGAGUACAAUCGCACGGCUGAAGUGGUGUGGAACGCUUACACGGAGGCCUCCUGGAAGUACAACACCGACAUCAACGAGGCCAAUAAGCAGGCCAUGCUUCAGAAAAACCUGGAGAUGUCGGCCCACACCCUGAAAUACGGACAGCAGGCUCGUCAGUACGACACCACUGACUUCCAGGAUGGCUCGGUCAAACGCAUUGUCAAAAAACUCAGCGACAUUGAGAGGGCUGCACUGUCUUCUGCAGAACUGGAAGAGUACAACACCCUUCUAUCAAACAUGGAAACCGAUUACAGUGUGGCUAAGGUCUGCAGAGAAGAUGGGACAUGCCAUCCACUGGAUCCAGAUCUCCAGAAGAUCAUGGCAGAGUCCAGGGACUAUGAUGAAUUGUUGUUUGCCUGGAAAGGAUGGAGAGACUCUGCCGGCAAAGUUCUUCGCACAAAAUACAAGAGAUAUGUUGAACUGGCCAACAAAGCUGCCACACUCAAUGGUCACACUGAUAAUGGGGCUUUCUGGCGCUCCCUGUAUGAAACUCCCACCUUCGAGCAGGACCUGGAGGCUCUGUGGAAGGAGCUGGAGCCACUCUACCUCAAUGUGCACGCAUACGUCCGUAGAGGCCUGUACAAAAAGUAUGGCUCUGAGCACAUCAACCUGAAGGGACCCAUUCCCGCUCAUCUGCUUGGUAACAUGUGGGCACAGACGUGGUCUGGAAUAAUGGAUCUUGUCAUGCCCUACCCGGAUGCUACGCAGGUGGAUGCCACUCCUGCCAUGGUAGCAAAGGGCUGGAACGCCACCAGAAUGUUCCAGGAAUCUGACAAUUUCUUCACCUCGCUGGGUCUGCUGCCGAUGCCAAAGGAGUUCUGGGACAAAUCCAUGCUGGUGAAGCCAGCUGAUGGACGCGAGGUGGUGUGCCACGCUUCUGCAUGGGACUUUUACAACCGAAAAGACUUCAGGAUCAAACAGUGCACCGUGGUGACGAUGGACGAUCUUAUCACAGUGCACCAUGAGAUGGGACAUGUCCAGUACUUCCUGCAGUAUAAAGACCAGCCUGUGUCUUUCCGUGACGGAGCCAACCCUGGCUUCCACGAGGCCAUUGGUGACGUACUCGCCUUGUCUGUGGCCACACCGGGACAUCUGAAGAGCAUCGGCCUCCUGGACAAAGUAGAAAACAAUCACGAGAGUGAUAUCAACUUCCUGAUGAGUAUGGCACUUGACAAGAUUGCCUUCCUACCUUUCGGCUACCUGAUGGAUCAGUGGCGAUGGAAGGUGUUUGACGGACGCAUACCAUCCACUGAAUACAACAAAGAAUGGUGGAACCUCAGAAUGAAGUAUCAAGGCCUGUGUCCACCUGUGACCCGUACUGAGGACGACUUUGACCCUGGUGCAAAGUUCCACAUCCCUGCUAACGUGCCUUAUGUGAGGUACUUUGUCAGCUUCAUCAUCCAGUUUCAGUUCCACCAAGCUCUGUGCAAAGCUGCUGAUCAUAAAGGGCCUCUCCAUACCUGUGAUAUCUACAAGUCACAGAAAGCAGGGAAGCUGAUGGGUGACGUGAUGAAGCUUGGCUUCAGCAAACCAUGGCCCGAGGCGAUGGCCAUGAUCACCGGCGAGCCUAAAAUGAGCGCCCAGCCACUUAUGGAGUAUUUCCAGCCUCUCAUUAAGUGGCUGGAGGAGGAGAACAAGAAGAACAAUGACAUACGCGGGUGGCCUGAGUACGACUGGAAACCUUCAACUGCUGAAACUCCAGCGACUAAAGUGGACUUUCUGGGUAUGAGUGUGGCCGGUCCAGCUGCUAUAGCUGGUCAGUGGAUCCUGCUGGUUGUUGGUCUGGUCCUGUUGUUGGCCACCAUCUUUUUGGCCUACAAAUACAGCAAGUCAAAAAAGCCUGAAAAAUCCACUUCCCUGUUGGAGCUCAAGCAGAAAGACUAGUGGACAGAGACGGCUAACAGGCCUAAAGCGAAGCCUGACUUACUGUAGCUAGCACAGUGCCAACCUCAAUGUGAACAUCAGUGUUUAAUGUGUACUGUACAGUACUGUAAUAUCCGAUCAAAUCUGCUCUUGUAUUUUGGUCUGCCUUCUUAUCUGGUGUUGUAUAUUUGUUGUAUACACUCAGUCAAAUUAUUUUUGCCUAUGCAAAAAGAUUAUCACACUUUUAUAAUUAUUUGCAAUAUUUGAAUGUUUAGGGAGGAAAUGUUGUAAAUGAAUGUUUGUAAAAUCAUUAAUUGUUUGAUUGAUUAAUUGUGAUUUUUUUUAAUAUUUGAUUGUUUCUUUUUAUUUUGUUGUUCGAUCCUCUGCAUUUCUACAAUAAGACAUUACAUAGUU